CAGCCUUGGCGUCUUGCUCUCUUUUCGCCUCCUCAGCGGAUGUGCCGGUGCCGCUACACUGUCCAUCGGAGGCGGUACGAUCGCCGAUGUUGCACCUCCGACUUUGCGGGGCCGGGCCGUGGCCGUCUACUCCAUUGCCCCACUGCUAGGUCCCGUACUUGGUCCGGCAGCGGGCGUUUACUUAGCCGAAUACUGGGGUUGGCGAUAGAUAUUCUGAACGUUGUGUAUUAUGGCAGGGCCCCUUGGUAUGGCCAUGAUAUUGAUUCUCAGAGAGACCUCUGCGAAGACACUGCUCGAGAAACGCAGUAGAAAGUACCUCUUCUUCACGACCUUUCCAAUGGUCUUCAUGGGCCAGUACGGAUUUUCAGCCAGCUUUUCUGGCCUCACGUUCAUAGGGGUCGGGAUAGGAACCAUAUUUGGAACAAUACUUCUCUUAAUCUGGAUUGACCGCAUCGCCGCAACGUUGCUUCUCAAAGAGGGAGUCAGGAGACCUGGAUUUCGUCUGCCCCUCAUGGCAUCAUCCGUGCCCAUGAUUCCAGUCGGGUUACUUCUAUAUGGGUAGUCGGCGGAGAAAUCUAUUUUUUUGGUUGGUUCCAAUGAUCGGCACAACCAUCAUUGGUGUUGGCAUCAUGUUUGUACCCUUCAUGCGUCAUA